AUGGUCCUCCUCACCAUGACGCCAGCUAUCGUGGACUGCCUUGCGAGCACCGAUGAUCGUGCCAUGAUACCCGGCGAGUCUGGCGAUCCAUCUCUUAUCAAUCCCAUGGUUGGUAACCCAAUACUGCAUAGCCAAAUACUACGACUCUCAAGAUGCCAAAAGACAUUUCGCUUGGAGGAGCUACUUCGAGGGUCACAGGUCUACGUGGCCCCGCCAGCACCCAAACCUGCCAAGUCACCCGAGUACAUAGCCCUCAUGGCCAAACUUCGCCGAGACGAGGAUGCCCGCGCCUACGAACGAAUGAUCAACCCUCCCAUCCCACUCGAGACCUACAAAGAUCGAUUCCCCGACUCGGCGCGGGCUUUUGCUGCCGCGAACAAGCCAACAAGCGACGCAGACAUUGGGGAUGACGACAUUACAUACACCGAAAUACAUAGACAGGUCACGCUACUGAUCAACUUUCUCGUCAGCAUCGCCGGUGUAGCAGCAACGCUCUGGAUUCUCGGCCGCUGGUGGAGCGUCCCAGCACGUCUGUUUCUUACAAUGGGCGGCAGCAUACUGGUCGCCAUCGCCGAAGUCGCGGUAUAUGGUGGCUAUGUGUGGCGGAUGGGCGAGGCAAAGCGAAAGGAAGAUACCAGACCCGAGCGGAGAGAAGUUGUGCAGAGCUGGGUUGUAGUCAAAGGUGAAGCCAGUGAGGCGAAAGACGAUGAUGCCUUAGGAGGUAGCCAACGUGGUACGCGCUUUCUGGUGGCUUCGCGUCUUUCGUGUCGCGCCGGGCCCAAUGGGUCCGUCCCAUCGCUAAACUUUGACCAGGAGUCGCCAAAUAUUUCUGAAGCGUGUAACUUUCAAAUAUUUUUUCAACGCGUAUCUGGACACUCUGGUGUUGGGCUCGCCUUCGUUAAUAGUGUCCCAAUGAGUGCAACCAAGCUUUCAUCCUUCCAAUUUCGCUCCUCCGCCACCCCUCCGACAUCAUCUCUGUCGCCUCUGGUCAGCAAACGGCAUCAACAAACCAUGGUCAACUCGUCACCAGAAUACGCGAUAACAAAGCCAGGUCUGAGGCCUCUGUCGCGAAAGCGUGACAAGCCAAUGCGUACCUAUGGCCGGCAGGCGACGGCGACACCAGAACCUCGAUCAGAGCCCCCAACCAAGAGGGCGCGAACCACAUACGCCGUCCACGAGGAUAAAAAUGUGAAGCCACUCGGCAUCGCCAUGUCAGAAGUCGAUGCGCCCAUCUGCAUCCCCGUAUACAAAGCAAAGCCACAGCCUACCGCCGGGGAAGAUCAAGAGAAUCAGCCGCCGUCCAAGCCGGAGCCCAACGUGCCUGCAAAGCGAUCGAUACUCAACUACUUCCAACCCGUCACAACCCACCUGACACAAGUCAGUCCAGCAAAGACAAAUAUACGGCCAGACGCAAAACUUGCUGUGGAAAAGAAAGUAGAGCCUGCACCACGACCCAGGCGGCGACUGCUGAGGAUCCGGUCGAAUCAGUCUACCAAUUCCGACGGCGAGGCGACUGAGGGUGAUGAACACAAUUGCGAGCGCGAAAGAGACAAAGCAAAUGAGAUGGUAAAGGGCAAAGUACGCCCCGGGUGCAAACGAAGGCUGGCUGGCGGCAGCGCAGCUACUUCCGACUCCAAGCGCGCCAAGCGGAAGCAUCCAUGUACAGAAGUUCAAACGACGCUCAACAUUUCAAACAAGGCCCCAUUUUCCGAAUGCACAAUUUGCGAUACAGUGUGGAAUCCUUUAUACCCCGACGACGUCAAAUAUCACACGAAACGGCACGCAGCACACCUAAGGACAAAGAAGAAGAAACCCGAAGAUGACUUUUAG